AUGCGUGACCUCGCGGACCUCAUAUGGAAAUGGAGAUGCAAGGUCAUCGGUAAUAAAGAAGACUUCAAGCACCCUGCUGCUGGAUCGCCAUCCGAGGAUCUUGACCAUGGCACGGAUGCGGUAAUAAAGACUCUCUACGAAGGAAAAGGGAGCGUUGACAACUACUAUAAUUGGGUAGACUACCCACCAAGGCAACUUAGUAAAAGUGCCGCUAAAGCCCAAGAUCGAGUGGCCAUCAAAGUGUACAAGAUCAAAGACAAAGAAAAGCCCGUGAUACACGGUCAUUCCGUUUUGAAAUUCCACAUGGUUGACAUUCAAAGUACCGUUCUUAUCUCUGCCCUCAAGUGCAUCCUAGAGAAGGAAGACGUAUAUCUCGAACCGACGGAGACGGCGACUUUCAAAGAACCUUUUAGAGCCUUGUACUUUCGCUCGGACGAGAUUGCUGACCUGUCCAAUGUCACUAAAGAUGCAACCACUCUGAAGACCCAUCUCGAACUUCUGUUAAGGGUCAUGGGCCAUAUGUUUGGCGAUACUAAAGCGCAUGUGAAACGCCUGCAAGCCAAUGGCCUCGUGGCAUUUAGGCUUGCCUGGACUUACUUUCCCAAGGAUUGCAUUGUGUACAGCUGGGAGUCUAACUGCGAAUUUCUUGGAAAAGUUGUCAGUGCGGAUUAUCAAAUGGUCGCAACGAGAUUAUGUCUGGUGGUCACAUGCAAGCUUAUGGAGUUUAACGGUGAACAGUACAUAUGGGAAGAGAAGACUCUAGUGAUCCCUCAGUUUGUAGGGAACACUCGCAUCACGGAUAUGCCAUGUUAUCCGUUACAGUUCCACGAGAACCCAGAAAGGAUCAAAUCCGCCAUGAUGGCAAGAGCCCGAAAGGCUCUCGAUUUUCAGGGCCUGACUUACUGCACAUAUACGGGGAUUGCGCUGUACCAAAUGAAGGAAAAGCACAAUGUUGACGGCAGGAUUCUCGUUGACACCAUAGGAUAUAACAAGUUUUGUUUGGCCAAAGGAAAUCGAGAAUCACAGGAUCCAGAAGUGCAGAAAAAUAAAGUGUUAGGCGAUGUCGACGUGCCCGAGAAAAGCUCGCCGUCCUCCCAGCCUAACCACCUACCACAAGCGGCUCAGGAGGCAAAUAAGAAGAGAGUGUUGGAAACCAGCGAAAAUCUCCUUUUCAUGUCGCCAUUCGUCAAAGGGUUUGCCUUGAAGAACAAAGAGUGGCGUAAGUCGGUUGAGCGUUAUCUGCACCCAAGAUCUUUGACUGACCGCUCUUCAAUAGGCGAGGGACUCACUAUCCUCCUCAGUGGGCCCCCUGGCACCGGCAAAACAUUGACAGCUGAAGCAGUUGCCGAUAGGACCCGUCGACCGCUGUUCUACCUUCAAGCCGAAGAUCUCGGCAUUGCGGCUAAUGAACUCGGUACCAAUCUUAAGAAGGCAUUCGAAAUGGCGACGGGAUGGGGCGCGGUUGUUUUACUCGACGAGGCUGAUGUCUUCAUGGCCCAGCGCAAUCCGAACGACAUUGUUCGCAAUGAGCUCGUGUCUAUAUUUCUGCGGGAGCUUGAGUACUACCGCGGGAUCAUCUUCCUCACGACCAAUCUAUUCGAUACUAUAGACAGCGCGUUUCGAUCACGAAUUCAACUCCAUCUCGUAUUCAACCCGCUCUCUCCAACUGCGAGGCUAGCGGUGUGGCGGAAGUUUCUGCAACGAUUGCCGCCCAUGGCACCUCGACCUGGAGAUGAAGGGAUCCGGAGCGCGAUGAAAGAUCUUGAUGAAGAACAUUUAUCGGAGCUAGCCAUGUGGCACUUGAAUGGGCGAGAGAUAAAGAAUGCCGUGAAUAUGGUCAAGGCAUGGUGCGACAUCAAAGGCUAUGAUAUGACGCUGUCGCGGAUAGAGAGUGCGAUCAAGGCCACGGCCCCUAACUGUCUGAAGCGGGAUCAUACUGCUCCAGUAGACUUGUACGACUAG